UAGGCAGCGCUUCCACUUCCUGGCCCGGCGAGUGCAGCGCAGUCCCGCAGCGGCUGAGCCCGCGCCCGCCCCGCUAGCCCAGGGCUCCGCGCCGCACGGGAUGCGCAGCGGCCGCAGCCCCUGAGAAGGGUUCCCCGGGCGCCGGGCCGCGAAACGGGUCCCCUCUCGCCAGCCCUAGCGCGGCGGCUCGGCAUGGUGGUGCGGCCGCUGCUGCGGGCCGUGAUCAUGGGCCCGCCGGGCUCCGGCAAGGGCACCGUGUCCUCCCGCAUAGUCAAGCACUUCGCCCUGAAGCACCUCUCCAGCGGGGACCUGCUCCGCGGCAACCUGCAGAGAAGGACAGAGGUCGGUGUCAUUGCCAAGACCUACAUCGAUCAAGGGCAGCUUAUUCCAGAUGAUAUCAUGACACGGUUGAUGCUGAAUGAGCUGAAAAAUCUAUACCAGUACCACUGGCUGCUGGAUGGUUUUCCCAGAACAGUUCCACAGGCAGAAGCUCUGGAUGAAACAUGUCAGAUAGAUACUGUGAUUAACUUGGAUGUGCCAUUUGAGACAAUUAAACAACGGCUCACUGCACGCUGGAUCCAUCCUGGUAGUGGCAGAGUCUACAAUCUUGAAUUCAAUCCUCCCAAAGAUGUUGGCCUUGAUGAUAUUACCAGAGAGCCACUUGUUCAGCGUGAUGAUGAUAAGCCAGAGACUGUUACCAAGAGACUGAAGGCUUAUGAGGCACAGACAAAGCCUGUUCUGGACUAUUACCGUUCAGUAGUGACUACCUCAGAGCGCUUUUUCUCCUUUGGAAUACACCAGAUCUGAUAUGGUCACUAACUUCGCUCUCCCUUUCAUGUGUACCACUCUAGAAACAAAGCAUGAAACCUUUGACAUACCUAGGUUCUUCUUUUAGAAAACAGACGGUUGCUCUUGGGGCUGAACUCUUACAUGUCAACAAUGUUGCCAAUACACCUCCACCAGGACAACCUUUGAAGUAUCUUUCAACUCUGAAGUGGAGAUACUGAUUUGUCUACACUUGUUCUUUUGUCUCGCCUUUAGAAAAAAAGGUGUACUGGAAUCUUUCUCUGGAACAGAAACCAACAAGAUCUGGCCAACGGUGCAUGCUUUCCUCCAAACCAAAUUACCAGAAGUGAGCCAGCAGGAAGCUGCCCCACACAGAUGAAGUUGGGUCUUUGUUGGUAAGCACAAGCUACCAGCUGUCUCCAUUUUCAGAGUGAUUGUCUAGAAUAUUAGAAACUUGCAAAAAUCAUGGUUUUGUUUUACUGUUUGAUAGGCCAAACAGAUCAGUAGCUAAGAUCUAAUCUCCAACUGUCACCCCUCAGCUUU